AUGAGCUUGGCAGAAAUGUUGACCUUUUAAGAGUGUGGCUGCGUAAUGGAGGAAGAUGAGCACUCGGAUCUGCAUCUAUUUAUUUCUUUAGUUUAGGAGAUGUGUAGUUGAUUGGUUUGUGAGGGGCUAUAUAUACUGACAUACAUAACCAUAUUAUGGAGUGUAUUUACGAGGUAAGAGAAAAGGUCCGCGUCUGAAAUGUCAGUGGAGAUCUCGGCAAAACUGUCUGGUCCUCGUGGCCUUGAAGCAGAUUGCUAUGUUCAAGAGAAUGAUGAACUCAAGUCUGCUAAAGAAGAGAUGGGUGGGGUGAAAGAAGAAAAUGAAAGGUUGAAGGUGAUGCUGGACCGAGUCGAAAAGGAUUAUCAGUCCCUCCAAUUGCGUUUCUUUGAUAUCUUGCGGAGAGAAGCUUCUGAAAAAGGCAUAGCAGAUUCAGCCAAUUCCCAUGAUGAAACUGAAGAGCCUGAGCUCGUGUCACUUUGCCUGGGAAGAAGUCCAAGGGACCCUAAAAAAGAUACCAGAAUUGGCAACUCGACUAAACUAAAAGAAAGUGAAGAUCUGGAGGCUCGCCUUACCCUUGGAUUAGACUCUAAAUGUGAAGUAUCAAUGGAGGUGGUGUCUGAUCAGAGCCCAGUAAACAGCUCAGGAGAAACCAAGGAAGCAGAUGUUGGUGGAACAUGUCCAACAAAUAAAUCUCUCAAAGCCAAAAAUGGAGAAGAUGAAAUUUCAGAGCAAAUACCUGCCAAGAGAGCGAGGGUUUCUGUCAGGGCAAGAUGUGACACUCCCACGAUGAGUGAUGGAUGCCAGUGGAGAAAAUAUGGACAGAAGAUAGCCAAAGGGAAUCCAUGUCCACGUGCAUACUAUCGCUGCACGGUUGCACCAGCAUGUCCAGUCAGAAAACAGGUGCAAAGAUGUGCCGAUGACAUGACCAUCUUAAUCACGACAUAUGAAGGGACCCACAACCACCCACUCCCAGUUUCAGCCACAGCCAUGGCUUCCACCACUUCAGCUGCUGCUUCCAUGCUAUUGUCAGGUUCUUCAACAUCUCAGCCUGCGGACAACAUUUUUGCAUCUUUCACAAAUGCUCCUAAACUGCUUAAUGGUCAAAACGUUGGACAUGUCGAUCUAUCAAAAGCAGAACAGGCCUUCUUGCCCAACCCUGCAUCACCUUUGUUCCCAACAAUCACUCUGGACUUAACUUCUGCUUCAUCUUCAUCAACCCAUGUCAAUAAUCGUCCACCUUUGAACUUUGCUUUAGGCCCAAGAUUUCCUCCAACAAGUCUAAGUUUUUGCUCAGCGGAGCCCAACAUUCCACAAGCAGUAUGGAGUAAUGGAAUCCUUAGUAAUGAGAAAACCCACAUGAGGUCUCCUGACCUGGGAAAUCAAUUUCAACAACAGUUCCAUCUAAACUGCAUGCAAAACCAGGCUCCUUCACGGGAGGCUUUAGCAGAAACCUUAACCAAAGCAAUCAGCACAGAUCCAAGACUUCGAUCAGUAAUAGCUGCAGCAGUUUCAUCUAUAGUGAGUCAAGGAUCCACCAAUCUGAACCAGCUGAGGGGAGGGGAAAUUUCAGAGUUAGGGUUGAACUUGAAACAAGGAGAACAUGCCCAGUUUGCUUCUUCCAGUACGUUGACCCAAAAUGGGAAAGGAUGCUUACCAGGUUAUUUCAACAGAUUGUCUUCAAAUUCUUAUACUGGAAACUUCAUGCCUCUCCAACCUCCAGUUCCAUUUUCUGUCUCUAAGAGAAGCGUGCCUCCUACCAUUGGUGAUCAGAUCAAUCAUUAAGGUCCUCAAGAUCAAUUCACAAUUUUAGAUUGCCUUCCCUAACCAUGGAUGAAGGUCGGGCGCAAUUCUGAUUAACCUUUUCUAAGAGAUCCAUCAUUUAAAAGGAUCUCAAAAUAGCAAGAAAGAUGCGAAAGAUGAAAAUCAGAGGCUGAAGAACCGCAGGAAAUGAAUCUUGUCAUCUUACACCGAGUGGAUUUUAAUUUCCAGCAGUGCCUAGAUCCAUGUAAUACACAAGUACAGUAUAAAAAUAUUUGUUUUUUUAUAUUUUUAUUUUAUUUAUGAUAGAAUUUUUUUGGCCCUCCAA